AUGUGUUCAGGCAGCUUUGCCAAGUGUCUGGGGAUCAGUCUGAUACCUCUGUCGAUUGUGUGUGUGCUGUGUAACAUCCUGCUAUUUUUCCCCGGGGGAAAUCCUGUGGAGAGCGAACACAUCACAGACCAAGUAUGGUAUUUUGGAGGCAUUCUGGGAUCUGGAGUACUGAUGAUCUUCCCAGCUCUGGUCUUUCUAGGUCUGAAGAACAAUGAUUGCUGCGGUUGCUGUGGCAACGAAAGCUGUGGGAGGAGGUUUGCGAUGCUGAGUUCCAUACUAUUUGCAGCUGUGGGUGUUGCGGGAGCUGGUUACUCAGUUAUAGUUUCUGCUGUGGCUAUAAACCACGGACCUGAGUGUGUGGUUAACAUUAACAACACAGUAAAGCACUGGGGCUAUCCCUUCUCAAAUGGUGACUACCUGUCCGACAAAGAUUCCUGGCCGACAAAGUGUUUAGAGCCGACCGGCGUGGUGUCCUGGCAUCUCUCUCUGUUCUCUGUGCUGCUGGUCAUGGGUUUAAUCCAGAUGGCGCUGUGUGCUGUGCAGGUGGUGAACGGCCUGCUGGGAUGUCUGUGUGGGGACUGCUGUGGAGGGAGCGAUGGAUCCGUCUGAGCACUUCCUACAGCUGUGUGAUCCUGCUUUCAUUUAUUUAUUCUAACAUGUGUGUACUAUAUCUAACAACACUAGUGAAAUGACAGAGCUUGAAUUGAAAUGGUUAUGUAUGAAGAGCAGAUGGGACCAUGAGAGGGAAUAGGACCAUGCUAUUGCUUUAGAUGUCAUUUUGUCUUAUCUAGUUAAACUUAAAAAAGGGGAGCAACAUGUUAGAAAAACACAUUUUAGGAGUUUCUCUCUUCAGAUUAGAUAUUGCUGUUUCAUGACUGCCCCCUGUUGGACAUUUUGUCUGAUGGGGAGUUAAAAAGUCAUAGAGAUAAACCCAUAUGCAUCUACAUCAUCAAUAAAAUCUAACAUUGUCUACUUCUCACUGAAAAAUGUUGUUGUGCUAUUAGAAAGUACUGAAUAAAAAUGCUUUUAUUUCAAAAUGUUGUUGUAAGAGACUUCAGUGCAGUUCAUAUGAUAUGAUUGGCACUAAUGUGUCAUUGGGCUUUUUUCACUUCUCUUUUGUACACACUUACUGCAGGCCUUCUCAUGAGGCACUCACUUGUCUGAUGUGAUAUUAAAGUAUAUUGUCUUUCUG